GCCCAUCAUUUGAUCAAUACAUUCACAACAGUAACCUUUCCGAAUCAUUGGACACUCGUGACAGGAGCAUGGGAGGAAACUCAUGGUAUUGUCGCCAAUGAGAUGUGGGAUCCCAAUUUGGGGGAGAGAUUCUUCAUGAACACCACAAAGAGCGA